CGAUACCACCGCAACGCUCAAGACCCCGAGGGGGAAAACAAAAGGCGAAACCAGCGUCGGCGGAUGGAGCACGACAGGCACCAUGGACGAAAUUCGGCAUUACCGAAGAAAUGUUCAAGUUGCGACAUAAAUGGUCAUGUUGUUUGUGGUGCAACAGCACCAAACACAUCACCAGCGCAUGCCUCGACAAGGACAAGGAGAAUGUCAAACGUUCAAGCUCGGGAAACUGAGCACCGCGGGAAGUGCAGCGACAUCACUUCCCAAUCCGCCGGAGUCGGUUGCCUUGCUAGCAGCCUCUCUCACAUCCGGGGAUGAUGCGGUAGUCGCAAGUUCUCGCAUUGAGUAUGAGAACUAUGCUGUCGAGCUGGUCCCACCGUUGAACCAGCCUCUCCACAUGCAAGAUUCAAGCGCAUGCGCGGUAGUUCCGUCGUCGGACAACGAACCGGUUGCUUCGCCAGCACUUCUAUCGGAGGAUCCGUCAACUUGGGCGAGUCUUGAGGAACUCGAUCCGUUGACGGUUGAGGACUUCCAAUGGUUGCCUCUUCCCUCCACCGGUUCUUUGCCAACUCCGCAUUGCAAUGCCUUAAUGGCACAUCUGCGCGAAUACUCGCACGCUGCAGUACCACCUCCGUCGACGGACGAUGGAGUAGCUGUUGUUGACCUUCGUAACUAUCUUGCGAAGAUCGACCGCGAGUACGCAACGCAACGGUACGUCGACAACGACGCGCUGCUCCUCUACAUUCGCAUUCAGAUCGGAAAGGCGACCUGCAGUGCCUUGAUCGAUUGUGGAGUGACUCGCAACUACAUCAGCCAAGACUUCAUGGCACGCGCCGGGCUUGGCACGCGUGUUCGAAGGAAAAGUCAGCCUACGCACGUCACGUUGGCCGAUGGUCACACGCAAAAGUCAAUCGAUCGAUGCGUUAACUCGGUGCCCGUGUACUUUGCCCCGCUAGCAUGCGAGGCCGUGUCUUUCGACAUAUUGGACACCAAGUUCGAUAUGAUCCUAGGCAUGUCGUGGCUGCAAAGCGAAGACCAUCCGGUGAACUUCCAUCGACGCACCGUUCACGUUCGUGAUCGGCGUGGCGAACUAGUCCCCUGUUCGCCAUACGGUGCUCCCGUUCUCUUCGUCCGGAAGAAGAACAAGGACCUUCGUUUGUGCAUCGACUAUCGGAAACUUAACGCGCAAACGAUCAAGAGCGUCGACCCUCUCCCUCGGAUCGAUGAUCUUCUCGAGCGACUAGGCGGCGCCAAGUACUUCUCGAAGCUUGACCUCAAGUCCGUAUACCACCAGAUCGAGAUCCAGCCAAGAGAUCGGUACGAAACCGCGUUCAAGACGCGAUAUGGGCACUUUGAGUGGAUCGUCAUGCCUUUCGUUCUCACCAAUGCCCCGGCUACUUUCCAAGCGGCCAUGACGACGGAAUUCCGCGACUUGCUCGAUCGCACCGUACUCGUUUACCUCGAUGAUAUCUUGGUUUAUAGCCGGACGCUGGACGAGCACCUCGAGCACCUUCGCGCCGUAUUGAAGCGGCUACAUAUCGGCAAGUACAAGGCGAACCGCGACAAGUGCGAGUUUUCCCAACAAGAGCUGGAGUACUUAGGCCAUUACGUUACGCCGCAAGGCAUUCGUCCGCUUGCGGACAAAGUACAAGCUAUUCAAUAUUGGCGGGACCUCAAGUGUACUACCGACGUCCGCUCCUUUCUCGGCUUGGCAUUAUACUAUAUGCGCUUCGUCAAAGGAUUCCAAAGUAUCGCUGCACCAUUGUCGCGACUUCAGUCCCCCUUGGUGCCCUUCGAGUUCAGCAACGAGGCCCGACAUGUGUUUCACACGCUGAAGACGGCUCUGCUUCAAGCUCCCGUGUUAAGCAUCUAUGACCCGACAUUGCCCACCAAAGUGACUACGGACGCUUCCGGUUAUGGCAUUGGCGCGGUUUUGGAACAGCAUGACGGCACAGACUGGCAUCCGGUUGAGUACUUCAGCCAAAAGGUGCCGCCCAUCAACACUCUUGAUGAUGCGAGGAAGAAGGAACUCCUAGCUUUUGUCACCAUACUUAAGCGUUGGCGUCACUUUCUCCUCGGGCGUCGGCGAUUCACGUGGGCAACAGACAACAAUCCGUUGACAUAUUACAAGACGCAAGACAUAGUGAGCAGCACGAUCGGUCGAUGGAUGUACUUCAUUGACCAGUUCGACUUCACCUCCAAGCACAUUCCGGGUUCCUCGAACAAGGCAGCGGAUGCUCUCUCGCGAAGACCUGAUCUUUGCGCCUUGGUGCACUCCACAGUCGGCCUCGACGAGAACCUGCAACAACAUUUCGUAAACAGCUACAAGUCGGAUCCGGGAUUCUCCACACUCUAUGCGGACUUAUCAUCGGAUCAACCGGAUCAACCGCCGGCAAGAAACUAUCACAUUGUCGACGGCUCCUUGCUUCUCCACACACGAGGCAAGGACUUGUUGUGUGUUCCCCAAGACCGCAUCUUGCGCACUCGCCUCCUUGGCGAAUACCACGAUUCGCGGCUGGCGGGACACCUUGGCGUCGCACGCACACUAGCACGACUCCGCCAGCGAUUUCAUUGGCCGGACAUCAUCAGCGACGUCAACCGGUACAUUCAAUCAUGUGCAGUUUGCCACCGGAACAAAGGGCGCCAUCAACUUCCGUACGGCGAACUGAAACCAUUGCCAUUUCCUCGGGCACCGGGUCUGUCUAUUGCGAUGGAAGUGACCGGUCCGUUUCCUCGCGAUCGCCUUGGUCAUGAUGGUAUUCUCACGGUCGUUGACCGUUUGAGCAAGUACGCUCGAUUUCUUCCAUGCAAGUAUCAUGUGACGGCUCCAAAGCUCGCACGACUUUUGCAUACCGGCUGGUUUUGCAUCCACAGCGUUCCGAAAGACAUCGUCAGCAACCGCGACACCCGUUUCAUGUCAGCCUUUUGGGCGACACUCGUGGUGGAAUCCGGCACCAGCAUGAAACCGAGUUCCGCACGGCAUCCUCAAAUGGAUGGGCAAACGGAACGUGCACACCAGACUGCGCAGAUGAUGCUCCGCACACUCAUCCGCCCGGAUCAGAAAGACUGGGUUGAUCGCCUUCCCGACAUCGAGUUCGCCUAUAACACUUCGGUGCACUUGGUGAUUGGCGUGACUCCAUUCGAGUUGCACCAUGGUGGACGAAAAGGAUGUAUCUUCGCAGACAUUUUGCUUCCACGGGCUGCCGAUAUAGACGCCGCUUGCUCCCCCGCUUCUACACGGAAGUACAGGGAACUGCUGGCCAAAGCCCGCGCAAACAUGCAAAAGGCUCAGGUCCGUAUGCAGCAGCAAGCGAACCGGCGUCACAUCCCAUGUCCAAUUCGCGCUGGCGACCUAGUUUGGGUCACCUCCGAGGAAUUCGCGCUCGAGCACGAUGUCUCGCGCAAGCUCCUCCCUAAGUGGUUUGGACCAUGGAUGGUCACUUCAGCAGCUGGCGACGACCCCGCGGGUCCAUCUUUCAUCAUUGAGAUUCCCCCGCAUUUGACGGUCCACCCGAUAUUUCACGCUUCAAAGCUGGCAGUCUACACUCCAGCCUCCGCAGCGAAAUUCCCGGGCAGACGGUCACAGGACCCUCCUUUAAUGGACGGCCAUCAGGAGGUCGACCGCGUUUUCACGCAUCGCAAGCAUGGCAACAAGCCUAUGCAGUACAAAGUUACAUUUAAGCAAUGCGAUCCGAACGACACACGCUGGAUUUCAAGAGCUGACCUGAAGGCGACAGCACCCCUCAUCUUCGCGCAUUAUGAAAAACAGCGACUUGCUAAGGAAGCUGCCCAACCUGCCCGCCCUAUCGAACAGACAGCUUUGCCCUCGCAGUUAGCUCGGUCUUCAAAGGAGGGAGUGUGUGGCAUUCUGAGCCACACGGGCCCCAAUUAGGGCCCAGUUCCAGACAGGCAGGGUAAGCCUAAGGGACGA